UUGUCAGUGGGCAAACGUACAAAAUCAGCAGGUUGUAUGUACUAUCUGUCGUGUACGACUGUGCUGUAGUUAAGUACUCACCACUGAGGCGAUGCAGUUGUGGUAAUCUGGCACAAAACUGAGUGGACAAUGUGCGCUUAACUACUCUACACGGACAUUGCACAUGGACCAUAUAUAUUUUCUAUUAGUCAGCCCCAGUCGAGAUACGUGUGAAUUCCAAGUCCCCAAGUUUCAGAUAGCUGGUAGUUUGCUGUAUUGGAUUUUAGAGAAUGCAGAGGAGACAACUUUUUUGCUUUAGCUUGAACUCUGAGCAUAUACAUUUUCAUAAAAAAAUCACAAUCUGACCUGGUAAAGACCAGAAAUUCAAGGGCAACUCAACUAGUUUUUUUAAAGAUUGAUUUGCAUGAAGAGAAAUGCAGUAUUACAGUACAUUGCGUGACAGUGCAUGUUGGUUUUUGAUGAAUAGGGUUGGAAUGUGCACUACGUCACCAUGAUUUUGUGGCACUUGCCUGUAAUUCAGCACUUCCACAGGCAAGGCUGGUGGAUUACGCAGGUUUGCGAACCUUCCAAAUUUGCUGGGCUGCAAGGUGGCCAGGAGAUGGCAGCAAGUUCUCCUUCAACACGCAAACUGUAUUAGUCAAAUACUCCAAUGCAGUAAAGAUGUCAAAAUGUUGACACUCAUUGGCUAAAUAACAUUAAUAUUACCCAAGAGGCGUGAUUCAGUGAUAUAUCUCUGUAAUAACGCAUUUUUUUUACAUACUGGUCAGUUCUAUGCACUGAGAUCUCGCUGUCACAUUGCUGUUUCUUGCAUUUUUCUGUAUCGUCUUAUUUUUUUUACAUCCGAAAACAUGUUGACAGUGUCACUUAUUUUUCCAUUACAAACACCUCCCUAACAUAUUCCUGCAUUUAUUGUGAAUAAAAUUAUAUUCAUACCAUACCUUUCCUGUACGGUUUUUUUUUUCCGCUGCUUUAUUGCAUUCGCGGGUUUUCCAAACCACAACGUUUGUUCCAUCGUGACGGAUGUUGUUGCGCACGAGUUGAGCAUCGGUGAAACACAGCAAUGCGCCGUGUCCCCACUCGUAGCUACGCAUUUUCCAGUGUUGCGUCUCCACCUUUUCCACUGCAGAUAUCCCCCUGCACUUGUGUCUUUCUCCUCUUGAAUCGACUUGGCCCCUGCGGUCCGUAACGAUGCUUCCUCGGCGAUGACGUGGUCACUAUGAUGCACCGGCAAUGAGCGCUGCCACGCGUGAAGAUAGUUCGAGACCGGCACAGAAUGCGAGAUGUAUGGAGUGAGAGAAGCAAAGAGUGAUGGUAUGGAGAUAAGGAGUGAGAGAAGCAGACACUGUAUUGGAGAUGUACGGAGUGAGAGAAGCAGAAAGAGAAAUUGUAUGGAGAUGUAUGGAGCAAGAGACGCAGAUACUGCACAAAAUAUAUAUUAGGCAGAUAGAAGAUAAUAGAGAAGCUUUGCCGAGAGUGACAAACUCUAUGAAAGCUAGUGAGAGACAAAGGAAAUCAAAGUAUGUGUCACAGACAAUAUGACAUUUUAUUUUUGUCGGACGAAAUAACUUUCCCUUCGGUCCAAGAUGUUGUAUUUCCAUUGCCCCUAAGAACAUAAAAUCAUGAUUUUUACUGCAUACAGAUUUAUUUACAAUCGUCAAACUACGAAAGAUUGUUUUACGUAACAAUGUAAUGAAGUCCACAAAUUAGUUUCUCAGUGAAACGAUGUCAAAGUGUCUGUUCCAACUUAUCUUGAACUUCGCCUUUUACAUUCGAAAAUGUAUAUGGCUGUUCACUGUCAUGUUAACGUUGCCUGGCCCUGUGUACUGUUUAUCAUAGUCACAUAGUACUUCUCUCAUGGAGAGAAAUAAAAUCAAAAGCUACAUUGUUUUUUUAGGUGGUAGUCGUGCCAGCAGUCAUUCUUGCAUGCCUGCAGGCAAUGCAGUCACUGUUCACAAAAGCAAGCCAGUAUGUACAGUGAGGGAAAAAAAAGUAUUUGAUCCCGUGCUGAUUUUGUACGUUUGCCCACUGACAAAGAAAUGAUCAGUCUAUAAUUUUAAUGGUAGGUUUAUUUUAACAGUGAGAGACAGAAUAACAACAACAAAAUCCAGAAAAAACGCACUACUUAGGGAAUCCCUAAGGAGUGCAGGGAUGGUGUGGAUUGCUUGAGGGCUGUCCCCUUGAGAGGAUGAAAUGGACUGCCCAUUGCGAUCCCGUCGAACCCGGGCUUUGCCAAACCCCUGCUGAUAUUCCUGCCCCUUGACAUUGGCACCGAAUUUUUAUGAGUCAGGCUGGCCACUUCAGUUGCUAUCCUGGUGCUGCACCGUGCCACCAGGUGAAGUCCCUGUGUGUCUUCUCUUGCACCACCUGCACCUUGCAUGAGCAGCUUAAGCUGCUUAAGUCUCUGCAAGCGUUGCAGAGUGCAGGUGAUUGAAACUAGUCGCAAUAAGAAUGUUAUAUGAUCUGUGUGUGCAUAUAUGAGACACCUUUUGCUCUACAAGUGGAAAUAAGAGCUAGAGUUCAACUUCCUGUCCACUACGAUUUACAAAAAAGGGAACACUGGCAACCAAAAUAUGAUGUAAGUGCCCUAUAAAUUAUAUAAUGAGCUUGUGUCCUUAAAGUUAUCUAUCGCAUGGUCAUAUAAUUCAACGGGUAUUAUUUUGUCAACCAUAUAAUUUGACAGUUUCAUAAAAAAAACGUUACUCUUAACAUUACAACUCAUGGUUAAUAGGAUGAAGCUAAACAGAUAUACAUUCAAAAACAGCAGCAUGCCAGAAAUAUGGAUGUCACAGUGACUUGUGGGUAAUUGUAAACUGUUAUAAGGCAUAGAAGUGGGAACGGAAUUUUAAUUUGAAAUUGAAUGAGUCUUCGCAUAAUUUUUUUAUAAUGAAGAAAAUAAUUGUGCAGAGAUUAAAAUCCAUCUUGAGUUGAGACAGGUUACUCCUUAUGAAAAAAUGUAAGAUGGCAAAACUGUAAAACACUUUUUAAACAUGUUAGCAUUAAACACACUGACAGAAUUGAGCCCCUCGCUGACACACAUUGUUUGAUUUUAAUCUCUGCAGAUGUCACUAAAUAUAUUAAGCUGCAUUCAUCUUGGGAAGGUCGAAUCUAAGUUCCUUGCUCUGUCUGAAUAGGUAAUGGCAAUUUCCGGGCAAUAAAUGAGCCUGACAGAUUGUAUAAAGCGCAAAACAGGUGUUGUUUUUGCUGCUAGCAGAGGAAUCUUAAUUGGAUUCUGUGUGAGCCAGACACUGAUUGUAAUAAGCUAUUUAGCGGCCUCAGAAUUUGUAUGAAUGGUGCAUUCUCUUGCGAAUUAAAAUAUGCUCUUGACCUGUAACAACAUUCAUCUGGUGCUGGGCCCAUCGCUCAGUGGAAAUAGGAAUGGAAUUACCCGUUUAAUGUAACCCUCAGUCAUUGGUUUUAGAUUGCACGCAGUCUCCUGCACGACACUGAGAUGGCGUCUUGGGUGCACUGUGCUGGCGCAGUGGAGGAUUGGGGGCAGCGGUGUAUUUGUGUGUGCUUGUGCGUGCGCAAGUGCAUGUGUGUAUAUCACCCAGUGUUUCAACGGAAAACGGGAGGCGGCGUCGACUGGAUAACCAGUGCCGCCCGAAUCGCUGUGAGCACGCUCGUGACGUCGCGUUACAUUGGGCCCAGGUGGGCGUCAUGGAACCUGGGGGUGUUUAUCUGCAUCCGCUGUGCGGGAAUCCACCGCAACCUGGGAGUUCACAUCGCACGCGUCAAGUCGGUCAACCUCGACCAGUGGACAUCUGAACAGAUACAGCACAUGCAGGACAUGGGGAACGGAAAAGCCAAGAAGCUCUAUGAAGGAUUUCUCCCCAAGGAUUUCCGAAGACCUGUUUCUGACCAGGCUGCUGAGGCUUUUAUAAGGGACAAGUAUGACAAGAAGAGGUACAUGGACAGAGAUGCUGACAUCAGCUCACCCAAGAGAAAUGCCGAAAAGGACAAAGAAAAAGACAAAAAGGACAACAAGAAAAAAGAAACGAAAAGCCCUGCUCCAGAGAAAUCUCAGCCGAAGCCGCAAGAGCAACAAAGCAUGGGGACACCAGCUGUACAAACGACGGCCGAACCCACCAUUGAUUUAUUAGGACUGGAGUCGCCAACCGCUGCCAGCAAUGGUGAUGCUCAGUCUGCAGUGCCUGCCAGUGAAGAUCAGGACAUUUUUGGGCCAAUGGUUUCAAAUCCCCUGCCGCAAUCCACACAGGCGGAAGCAGACGCUAGCCCGGCAUCAAGUGCCGACGAUGCAUUGAAGCGCCAGCUGAGCAAAGACUCCAUCCUAUCGCUGUACGCGUCGCAACCCCCGCCGCCUGCCACAGCUGCUGUCAACUCUCAGGGUGUUUUUGGUUACGGCCAGCCAGGCAUGGCGUUCCCGGGACCUGGUGGAGUGUACUCUGCCCAAGCAAUUUCUGGUAUUGGUGUUGGGGGUGGAGGUGUGGGGAUUGCACCAGGAGUGCCUCCGUCGGGCUGCACAAGCACAGUGGGAAAUCCGAACCCAAAUCCCAUGCAAUGGGGCCUUGGUCAGAUGACGGAGCAGAUGAGUGGGCUGGGCCUCGUUCCAUCCGGCGUCACGGUUGGGGGCGUCCUCGCCUGGCCCCCCGGUGCCAGCGGAGGCCCAGGCUGCCCCGCGCCCCCCGCAGCUGGCCGCACGCUGAGCACCCAGCUCUGGAAGUGACGGCGGCGCCUUCCCAUUACCCUUGCCUCCCUCCCUCUCAGCCGCCUUCUCUACCUGUUAUCUCCCUCGCCCACCUUGGAGCGGUGCAGCACAAAAUGCUCAUGCAAUAAGCACCACGUCUGCGGUCCAUAACACGAAAUAAGCUUGAGUGCAAAAAGCAAGUGGGGGAGGGCACGGCGGGGCAUCUGGAAACUAAAGUACUAAAUGUGUUCAGCUGAAAGUGAUACCGUUUCCCGAAUUAUAGUUGCAUUGUUGGCUAUGGCAGCCGGUAGUGUACGAGUCAUUUCCCUCACCACCAAGCAAGUUUACACAAGGUUAAAUGGUUGGAUUCAUGCAGGCCUGUGAUAUUUUCUGUCGGGAGUUAGCUGUCAGCCAGAUCGCAUGUGAUAUCAUGAGCAAGAACACUUAAUUUUUUUACUGGUCUUGUAGGCAAGAAUUACCACCAUCAGAUAGUGUCUAACGAUCCCUUUGAAAUAAAGCAAAAAUGUAUUUCAAAGGAAUCCCACUUGCAACAAAGUACAUCAAUACAUCCGAUUUUAUUAAUUUGUGCAAUUAAACAAUGGUGAUGGCAGUGAUGAUGAGAAUAAAAAAGAAGCUACAUUGCUGCCACUGCACUGAAACGCAAUGAAAAGAUAAACUGACAAAAUAAGCACAUCAUCGGCUGCUAUUCACGUCUGAGCUCACGAUCAGAAUUUUUCAGUCUUUUUCUCCCAUUCUCCUAAAUUCAAGCUUUUUGCAUAUUGCGCCUCGUACAAUGUAAGUCAGGUGUCAAUUGGUGUUUAAAAAGCUUAACUGUUUUCGUUUGAGAACUGGUGCUUUAUGGGCUGUGUGCUCAAGGUGCUAUCUCCCAUCUGCCAUCAUUGAUGACGUUUAACCAUACAUACCUUAACACUGAGCCAUCCGCUGGGCAGACUGGAAGGUGUAGUGUUGUGUUGCUGUAUGGUAUAAACUCUUCGCUUGCACGUCCUUCCCAAACACUACAGACCGGGUUUCUGUGUUUUUUUUGUCCACUGGUGAAGUGAAUCCAAGCUGACAUUAACCUCUCGCGAUAACGUUUGCAUAAAGCAAAUCCCGUAAACUGAUGGGCGACUCAUAAAGCUGUUAUUUUGAAUUGUAUUCGUGAACUAUUGGAUUGCUGCGAUUGAAUAUUUUUACCCAUAAUUCUUCUUUGUGCCAUUGCUUAAAUAGAAGCAGAAUGUGUGUUGUAGCAGAGCAAAAAACACCGUUUAAACACAAACAAUGAGUUAAAUUAUUACUAUGGUGUAUUGUACAGUGGUGUUUUUUUCGGUGUCGUACAAGAUCACUGUGGAAUAACGCAUAAUGCAGUUCAGGGUUCUGGUUAACACGAUGUAUCGUACGUUGCAUAUGAUUGAAAAUAAAACCCAAGUGUGGCAAUGAUCAAAGGUAAAAGUAUAGACAGAAUUUUAGAGUGAACCACAGAAGCGGAGAGUAUGACCAAAGCUUCUGGUCAGCCUUCCAGUCAGCGAACACUCUCCCAGAAUGAAUGAAUUUAACGAGGUACAUCAUGUUACCAUCCUCUGAAUCAAAGCUAAUGUAUAUUUUAUUUGUUUUUUUGCAUCGUGUAAAGUUGAAGUGACUUGGUCGCUUAAUGCUACUAAUUUCGUCUUGGUCCCGGUGCAUACAUGGAGUAUUGCAUAUAUAUAGCACCUACUGCCAAAUCAGAGUAGUUUGUGUAGAUGUGCGUAAGCUAUAACAGGGUAGAAAAGCAUACAGAUAAAAACACGAGCAGUUAAUACAAUGUCAAUGCUCAUUGGUUGCUUAUGUCUAUAGAUUUGCAUUCCCGUUGUUAAGGGCCAAUAGAACAAUAAACAGUCACUUAAUUAA